AUGACUGUUGAUGCAUGGUUCAAGGUUCGACUAUUCAUAAUUCCACUAGGGAUCGUAUUAGGAUUAGGGUAUCUUAAUUUUGCAUUGAAUUACUCAUUAGGAUAUCAAGAAAUAUAUAUCCAUCAUUCACAUGGGGUUGCUAUAACUCUUUGGUGCUUAUCAGGACUUUGCCAGGUUAUUUCAUUUGUCUACUGGGGAUUGAUUUUGUAUGUUGGUCCUGGGAAAUCUCCCAAGUUUCCGCUUUUCGACAUUUAUCAAGAAGGUAAUAAAGAUAUUCUACCGUUGCCUGAUUUAUUCUUUUGUGAUAAGUUUGGAUUCCCGUUUUAUGAUUCCCAUACCCAAUCUUUACGAAUUGAGAGAUCAUUUUAUUCCAAAUACGUUGGAUACAAUGUAUUGAAAUUUGAUCAUUUUUGUCUUUGGAUUGGAAGUAGCAUUGGUUUGACAAAUUAUUUGUUUUUUAUGAAAUUUUGCAUCUGGUUCUUGAGCUUCUUUAUCAUCAUGUUGGUCUAUGUUAGUCGCUACACGAAGCUGUCUAUAAACCUGGGCGAAAUCAACCACAAUUUCAUUUUGUUAUAUAUUAUGAGUGGGUUUUGGAUCUUGUGUAUCAGUGCACUUUUCAUUUCCCAUGUUUUGUAUGUUUGCCAAAAUAUGACCACUUUGGAUGAUAUUUCGAUAAAGCAGAAGAUUAGAUAUCAACGAUGGAAGAAUAGACGGACGGAAAACGAAGGAAAAAGUGGUGAGCAGCUACAUUGUCUAGCUCCAAAGCAACCAAGAAAAGAGAAAGGAAAGAGAUAUGUUAGCGUGAAGAAGGAUAACAUCAGAUUGGUUGUCGAAUUUGACGUCACAGAAUGUCCUUUCAAUAUGGGAUGGAGAAGGAAUUGGAUCAAUUUGGUGCUCAAUGGUAAUAGGACUAAAGGAAAGGAUGAACAAUACUACACUACAUUCAGAUUCAUACAAGCGAUGGUUGUAUUAGCUGUACCAUUUGCUGAAAUCCCAUUUGAAUUACGUCGAAGAAGAGCUCUCUCUGACUUGGAGAGUAAUGCAAACGGUGUUGAAAGAAAGAUUGCAGAGUUCAUCUUUUAUUCCAACGAAGUCAGUCCCGAGUUUCUAAAUAUGAUAGAAGAUAAGAUCGAAAAAAGGGAGUGUUAUAUCCCAAGCUACUUUUUGGCAAAAAGUGGACUAAAGUGA